AUGGGCUGGGGCCAAGGGGAGAGGACUCUUGGCACCCCCACAGGUACCGCCGGCACUGUGGUCCCGCCGGCACCGUGGUCCCGCCGUGAGGCAGAGAGCUUGCAGAUGCAGCUGCCAGCUUUCGGUCCCCCAACUCCUCCUGUGAGCCGACCGCAGGCACCAGGCCAGGUGAAGUGGGUAUGGAGUCUCUCUGGGACCCCCUCCAACUCCCCCAAAGAAUCAAGGAGCCCUCAGGACACAGCUCCAGUGGCCCUCGGUGAGGUGCUGGAGACUGCAGGUGGGGUGCGCAAGUUCCCAAGGCAGUGGCUGAGCUGAUGGCAGGCCCCGGAGUCCUGCGCUCAGCAGUUUGGCCACUUGGCACUGGGUCCCCCAGCUGGGGUCCUUGCUUCACCGCUGCCCCACACCAUCUGGGUGGCCCAAAGAAAGGCCCCUUUACAAAGAGCCCCUCGGAGGCGCGCGCGAACCACGGCGGCGCUGGUGUUCUGGGAGAGGACCACCGACCCGGCGGCGCGGCUGCGGAAACCCCUGCCCGCGCUGGGGGCGCCAACGGUGUUCGUGCACGCGCAGUGGGACGCUGCCUCUACCAACUCCGCCGCGCUGUCCUCUCCGGCCGCGCCAACACUGGCUAACGCGCGGCAGCUGCGCGCCUUGCACGUCGCGCUCCUGACGCGCGGGCACCUCGAGCCCUUCCUCGCCGCCUUCCGCGCUGAGGGCCGCUGGCACCACGUGUGCGCCACAAGGGAGCAGCGUGGCUGGCGCUGGGCUGUGUUCGCGAACCCGCAGCGGCCCGCAGGAGCUCGGGGACUGGGCAAGGGCCAGCCGGUGCCACCUAGCGGCAUCCUCGCACCGGGUCAAGAUCAGGAUCUCGGUGGUGGCUUCUUCGCGCCUGAUGCCUUUAGCGGCAACCUCACCGACUUCCACCUCUGGGCCCGGGCACUGAGCCCCGAGCCGCUGCUUCGGGCACGGGCCUGCGCGCCUCCCUCAGGCAGCCUGCUCUUCCGAUGGGACUCUGGUGCCCUGGACUUCACACCCUCGCUGCUGCCGCCCGAGCUGGUGCGCCUUCUCUGUCCGCUGCCCUCAGAGGAGUGCCCUACGUGGGAUCCAGGAUCCGGCAUUCAGAGCUCUUUGCCCUGCCUGCAGCGGGGGCCCUUCCUCUGCUGCUACCCGACAGAGACCUAUCGGCAGCUGCAGGAAGCCCAGUUGUGGCCUGGCCAGAAUGUUAUCAGCUGAGUCAAUGCCUUGGCCAAGGCCAUGGUGCUCCUCCAUGACCCUCUCUUGGAAACCCAGAGAGACCUGUCCCCCAUCAAGGCCUCCAGCUUCCUGGGUACCCAGGCAGAGGAGGCCGCGCCUCUGGGGCCGGCUGUGCUGCUUGCGCACUUCCUGAAGAGUGUGACAGCCCUUGGGGCUGGGGAGCUAGCCUUGAUGGGACCCUGGGAGGAGCUGGGCCAAGGUGUCUGAUCUGUGGCCAGCCUGGUCCUGGAGGAGCAGCUGGCUGGUUCGUGGCUGUCAGUGAGCGAGAAUCUGCUGACCACCUUAAGUGGGAGGUCCUCCGGGCUGAGUGAGUGUUCAGCCACCAUAUCUGCCAAAAAGGCCCGGCCUCUGGAGAACACCAGCAAUGCUAUCCAGACGGUGGCUGGCAGACUCUUGGCCCUGGCGACCUCCAAGCGGCCCCAAGUGCACACCCAGCACCCCCAGGCCGGCCUGGAGGUGCGGAGCCUGCACUUGGGAGAGGCCGGCACAGAGGGCUGCGUGUUCACAGUGCCCGACGCACCGGAGGGGCCCGGGCACGUGCGGGUGCCCGCAGCUGAAGUGAGGCGGCCCCUCGGGAAGGGCCUCUCUGGAGCCACGGUGGUCCACAGCUGGUUCAUCAGAGCCUUCCCGCACACCCUGGGGGGGCCUGGCCUAGGGCCCCAGGCCCCUGGCGGCUCUGAAGAGGCGAGCAAGAUGCACAGAUUCCUGCACACACACGUGGGGUCAGCCAUCAUCUCUUCUGAGCUAUGGGACGAGACCGGGGAAGUCACCACGGCUGUGACUUUCCACCUGUGAUACCAAGCCCAGGCAGAGAGUGAGCUUGGAGAAGGUGCCGUGAUCGUCCCAGAGCCGGGGCUUCGUCACAGCUGGUGGAACGACAAUCACCUGCUUUGCGAGCGUGUGGCAGCUUUCGUGGUGACCCCGGCACCUAACCCAGUACCAGAGACCAGGGACAAGUGUGAUGAGCAUGUGGAUACCUGGGGCGAUGACUCAGUUAGCCGGAGAAGCACAGAGGAGCAGUCCCUACGGAGGACACUCCCCUUCGUGGGCCGCGGCGUGUCCUUCUACACACUGGCCACCAUCUUCCUGCUGUUCCCGGCAGCCAGGAGACACCAGCUCCCCACUAGGCCUGGGUCCCCAAGUCAGAGCGAGCUGCAGUCCACAAGAAAGAACCUCACCUUGUCCCUGGCCUCCACCGAGGACCUCCUCACGGCCCGCGAAUGGGGGAGAUCCAACAGGGUGGCACGUGUGGCUGUCACACACCUCCUCUUUUUGGUCUCAUUCUCCUGGACGUUGGUGGAGGGACUGCUGCUCUGGAGCAAAGUGGUGGCCGUGAACGUGUGUGUGGGCCCCAGGACGAUGCUCUGCUACGCAAUGGAGGGGCCUCUGUGCCCCGCAGUUGCCCUCACCCUGUCCCUGUCCCCCCACAACUUUGUGGCCGCUGGACACCACUGGCUCGACGUGCACACAAACACCCUCUGGGCCUUGGCGGGACCCGUGCCCUUCGUGCCGACCGCCAUUGCCUGCAUCCUGGUCCACGUGCCGAUGGUCACUGUGUUCAGCGCCUCCAUGCUGAGCCCGCAGCCCCGCCUGCAGCAGCAGAUCAGGGCCCAGAUGUGGAGCCCUCUUUCCUCAGCCUGGCCUGUUCUUCUCAGAGCCGCCGCCCUAGAGCCUGCCCUGGGCCUGAGCUGGCUGGUAGGCAUGCUGGUGCACCCCAGCCCGGCCUGGGCCUCUGCCGCCGGGGCCUCCAUUCCUUCCGGGCACCUCCAGGCCCUGGAGCCAGGGCCGUACAUCUUCCUAGUCUACGCCGCCUACAAUGGGGAGCCAGGGCAAGAGGCCCGUUUACAGAGCUCUGGGGCUGCGGUUGUUCGCUCCUCCCCUGGCGCGGAUACGGAAACCGAGAGCCUGGACAUCCCCCCGGACUCCCACCCCCACCCGCACAGCGUGUCUGUGGGAACAAGCGAGUGGCACGGCGCCCGCCUCUGA